AUGCGUAAAUAUCCCAACAUCAUCAUCACCGGCACUCCCGGCGUCGGUAAGACGACCACCGUCACCGAAUUGCUCUCCGUCGCUGCUGCGUCCACUCCAGCUCUCCCGCUCAAGCAUCUGUCAAUCAACGACCUGGUCAAAUCUCGUUCUUGCCACGAAGGAUACGACGAGGACCUACAAACCUACAUUGUCGAUGACGACAAGCUCAUGGACGAAGUUGAGAAAGAGAUAUCCGACGGCGCAGGUGAUGGCGGGUGGGUCAUCGACUGGCACUCGACAGAGGGUUUCGCAGUGCGCUGGGUGGAUCUGGUGGUAGUAUUGAGAUGCGAAGAGACGGAUGUGCUGUUUGAUAGGUUGUCAAAGAGGGGCUAUAAGGAGGAGAAGGUGCAGGAGAAUAUGGAUGCAGAGAUCUUUGGCGUCGUGGGUGAAGAAGCCAAGGACGCGUGGGACGAAGGCCAGGUCGUGGAGCUGAAGAGCGUCAAGGCAGAAGAUGUUGAGGAGAACGCUGAGAGAGUAUGUGCGUGGGUGAAGCAGUGGCUGAAGGAUCGCGACGCAGAGGGCGAAAAGGAGGUGAAUGGCUCGGGAUGA